GCAGAGGGGGGUGGAGGACACUGAGUGGAGGCCAGUGAAGGGAUUUGCAGAGAGGGGUGGUGGACACUGAGUGGAGGCCAGUGGAGGGAUUGGCAGAGAGGGGUGGAGGACACUGAAUGGAGGUCAGUGGAGGGAUUGGCAGAAAGGGGUGGAGGACACUGAGUGGAGGCCAGUGGAGGGAUUGGCAGAGAGGGAUGGAGGACACUGGAGGCCCGUGGAGGGAUUUGCAGAGAGGGAUGGAGGCCAGUGGAGGGAUUGGCAGAGAGGGGUGGAGGACACUGAGUGGAGGCCAGUGGAGGGAUUGGCAAAGAGGGGUGGCAGAUACGGAACGGUCGGCCAAUGAGGAGGGAGUUACAAUAGUCAAGGCGAGAUAGAACCAGGGAGGGA